GCGAAUCCCUCCUGUUGUAUGUUUUUUUAAUUUUUUUUAUCCUACCUAACCUGUCUAUCCCUUGUCGACGUGCAGCAUUCCUACUAGCUACUGAAAGAAAAGAUACCUGGAAUUCUCUCCGAUAUGUCUUGGCCCGUGUGGUGGUUGAUGUUGAUCUUCUCUCCCGCCCCCACGUCAACCCUCCACCACGCGCGUUUUCUUGCGACUUCACUUUUCGACUUCAUUCAUUCACACAGUGACCGGCUAUGAUGCGGUUCCAAAACCUGCCGCGCGAGAUUUUGAGUCUCGUCAUAAGUCUAUUGGUUGAAAGAGGGGACCCUUCCUUAGAUCAGCGCGACAAUUUACAGUCUAUCUGUAACGCUCGCCUGGUGUGCCGGUUAUGGGAUACGUUGGCGAGAGCGUAUGUCUUCGACAAUGUGCGGCUGGUGUAUGACCCCGAAGGAGAAUACCAAUCGUGGAAUGGCAUGCUGGACCGCGAAGUCGUGCGACAGGCCAUCAGACGUGCUUACAUCCGCUCUGCCCCCGCCGAUGAUGACCCGCAAGGCAUCUGGGACUCGUAUACCGAAUGCGGUUACAAUGGCCUCGUUAGCGCUAUCGGCCGCAUCGCCGAGCUGGACUGCAUCACGGCGCUCCAUCUACGGUUUUCCCGACACUGUGCCGGCGUGGAAACCGAUGAUCCGCGCGAUGAAGUGGUCGAAGAUAUCCCGAGACGCCAAGAGAUCCUCGAAGCCGUCUUCAAGGCGAUCCAGAGGCGUUCUAGAAACACAGUCGGCACACGUACCCUCCGCUCCCUGGCCGUUGAGAACCUGCAAAAUGCCCCACUGCCAGAGUUUACCGCAUCGGAGCUCUUCCGGAGCGUCACCAAGGACAUCGACGCUCUGCAUCUCAUGGUGGCUGAGGAGUAUGACGAAGCCGGACCCGACUGGGACACCUAUCGAAUUGAGCGCCAGGUGUUUCAACCAUACCUACGCCACCAGUGGCUGGCUCCUUUAUCCGACCACCUGGUCUGCCUGACAUUGUCCUUCCAGGUCGGUUGGGGAACCAUCCCGGGGUAUUUUGACGGGAGCGGCCUCCACUUCCCCAGGCUUCAGACGCUGAACCUGGGCAACUUUGUCAUCGGGCACCAUCAUCAGUUGGACUGGGUUUUGGCUCAGUCCUCGCUGAGGUCCCUUCGUCUCGACCGAUGUUCUAUUGUAUCACAUAUCACCACACACCGAGACAAUCCCAGGGACUGGCACGUCCAGACCCACGACUGGCACGAGUAUCCUCAGGGCUCCUUUGGGAUUGACGGCCCUUAUGUCAUUUACGGCUUCUCGGGGACAUGGGAGACCAUCUUUGACCACAUUCGCACUCGCCUCCCUCGGCUGACCGACUUCUGUUAUCAUUACGAUUAUGACCCGGGCUUCCCCGUGCGUCCAGCGGAGUUCCCGGUCCGCCUCACAAAGCAGAGAUAUAUUACAUUCGAUGACUUCUGGCAUGAUGCGGAUGAGAAAUCGGGAUUGCUAGACUUUGGCGAUAGUGCGUGGGGUUACCCUGACCAACGGUAUGUGAAUCGAUCUGCCGAGACGGAAAUAGGCGAUGGCCGAGCACUGGAUGCCCUGCUUCAGGAGAUCAGACAACGGCAGCAACAGAAGGCAGUUCGGUGAUCCGUCGUCUCGUAUUUCAUGUGUAUGCCAAUCAACCGAUGGACUCUGUGGAGAAAGCGUAUCCGUACUUUGAUUCUAUUCAAGACCCGAAUUUCACACGCUUCUCAUCUCCAUCGUCCCAGUAGUCAAGUUUAGUAUGUCAGUGAUGCCUCCUCGGACGAAAGGGCCCAGGCUUGACAUAGGCUUGCAGGAUAGUCUACCUUCCUGGGACUGGAAGCUAGUCUACUGAGUCUGGAUACGUGUAUGUUGCUAAUAUCCGUUCAGCUUUGUCAUGGAUUCUUCUACGAGCAAAACGCUUGUUCAACAGUCGUUCUCGAAGCUACCUAAGCCGCUUUGGGCUGCUGAAUGACUGUUCCAUCGUGAUAUCUAUGAAGGAAACAAUCUAGAGCGAGUUAGUUAUAUUAGAAUUAAUUAAUAAUUUGAGAAAUAGAUCUACACUGUGGUUCAUCAUUGGUUGGUAGACCUUCA